AUGGAGAUCAAUNUCAUAUGGUNUUCGCCAUGGACGCUAACGAAGGCGAUAUACCUUGUUCAGCGGUAUUUGCCCUUCAUUGACACCGUUUGGCUUUGCCUCCAUCACCAACUUGGUAGCGGAUUAGAUCAGUCUAUAUGCUUCGACAUGUACGCUGCCAGCACUUGGUUUUUUUGUAUCGGCAUAUGUGCUUCAGAACUUAUUCUGACCAUGCGGUGCUGGGCAGUUUGGCAUAGAAGUCGAACCCUGUCCAUUUUUCUUCCAACUUUUUUCGCUUUGGCGUUUAUACCGGACGUUUAUAUCACGAACAAAGUUCUCAAGUCUUUAACGUUCGGAAAGUUACCAUACCCAGAGUUUGUGGGCUGUUUCGUAACUGGCUCCAAUAAUCUCCAGUUGUGGGUUUGGGUCAUCCUGAUGAUCUAUGAAGGGGGUAUGGUGAUCCACUCCCUUGUCGUCGUACAUUUGACGCAUGUGUUAUUAUCCAGGUAUUGUCACUCUAAUGCUCAUUCCCGGAUUCCGCGCAUAUCAAAGAGGAGGAGAUUCAGCCCUCGUUACUAUCGUUUACCGUGA